AUGGUCUCUCUUCUCACCUGGCGUCAAGCCAUUCUCGCAGCCCUCUGCAUCACGGCCCAUGCCUCUCCCCACCACAUACACCCGCGUCAACUCCUCAUCCCCGUUGGUCUGAUCCAGAACCAAAAUGUCGCCCUUCUCGGCCAGCUGCAAGGUAUCCUCCAGAACAUCCUCGCCGGCAACCUUCUCUUGGGCAAUAACAACAACAACACGGCUACCACAACAGCCGCUGCGGCCACCAUCGACACCGCGGCGGCUUCUGCCACGACAGACACCGCCGCAGCCUUAGCUGAGACCGCCGCCUCGUCUGAUACAGCUGCCGCAACUGCUGCCGCAGAGACCGCAGCCGCGACAUCCGCGGCUGCCAGCAACGGCACCCUCUUUCUCGGCGGCGGAAACAGCAAGCUCUCGGGGUCUACCGGGCUCAACCUCGGUCAGCUGUUGAGUGUCAUCACAGGUCAACUUAACAUUGGCGGCGCCGGUGCCGGCGCUGGCGCAAACGGGUUGGCGGGACUGAAUCUGCAGGAUAUUCUUGGCCUAAUUGGGGGUGGUCAGCAACAGAACGGCGCCGGUGCUGCGGGACUGGGGCUAGGUGAUCUUCUAGGGUUGUUGAAGGGACAGCAACAGGGUGGCGCCGCUAGUACUACGGCUGCUGCCGCUGAGGCUACGGCCGCGGCAGAUGCAGGAAACAAAAAUGUCGACAACAGUGCGGCUUCGGUGAGCCGGGCGGAUCUGCAGCGGAUGCUGCAGGAGGUUGUAGCUGCGCAACAGGCACAGGCAGAUGCGCUUGCACGGGUACGGGCGAACAACCUCGGGCGCCCGAGGGUUGGCGUCUAA